CUUCAGUUUGGUGAUCGUUCGUUCAGGAGUAAGAACUAUCGUUGGAUCAUCUGUUUCAUUUACGUGAUCUUCCAGACCGACGUUGAGAAUGGCCGGCGGCAGAGGAGAGGGGCCAGCAAUAGGGAUUGAUCUGGGGACGACGUACUCUUGCGUGGCAGUGUGGCAGCAUAAUCGAGUAGAGAUCAUAGCGAACGAUCAGGGCAAUAGGACGACGCCGUCUCAAGUUGCCUUCACUGACAGAGGGCGUUUGGUCGGUGAAGCAGCCAAGAAUCAGGUCACCAGUAACGCCGUUAACUCUAUCUUUGAUGCAAAGCGGUUGAUUGGUAGGAGAUUUAGUGAUUCCUUAGUUCAGAAAGAUAUCAAGCUUUGGCCAUUCAAGGUCAUUGAAAGUUCAGCCGACAAGCCUCUGAUUGCGAUCACUUAUAGGGGUGAAGAGAAGCGAUUUGAUGCAGAAGAAAUCUCAUCUAUGGUCAUCAGAAAGAUGCGUAGGAUUGCGGAAGCCUACCUUGGAAGAACUGUGAAGAAUGCUAUCAUCACUAUCCCAGCCAACUUCAAUGACUCACAACGUAAGGCCACAAUGAAUGCUGGAAAAAUUGCAGGACUCAAUGUCAUGAGGAUACUCAACGAACCAACUGCUGUCGCCAUUGGUUACGGUCUUGACAAGCGGGACAUUGGUAAGAGAAAUGUGUUGAUCUUUGAUUUGGGUGGUGGUACUACAGAUGUCUCACUACUUACUAUUGACAAGGGAAAGUUUGAAGUGAAGGCCGUUGCUGGGGACACUCACCUCGGAGGUGAGGACUUUACCAACAGAAUGUUAAAGUACUUCAUUGAAAUAUUUAAGAGGCGGCACAAGGAAGACAUUAGUGGAAAUGCCAAAGCUAUGACGAAGUUAAGAGUUGCUUGUGAGAGAGCAAAGCGAGUUCUUUCUUCUAAAACUGAGACUCGCAUUGAAGUUGAUUUUUUAUAUAAGGGUAUUGAUUUCUCCUCAAUUAUUACCCGUGCCAAAUUUGUAGAACUCAAUAGGGACUUGUUCAAGAAGUCUAUUGAGCUUGUGGAGAAGUGUUUGAUUGAUGCUGAGAUGAAUAAGAGAAAAGUCGACGAUGUCGUUCUUACUGGUGGUUCUUCCAAAAUUCCCAAGGUGCAGGAGUUGUUGCAGAACUUUUUUGAUGGAAAGCAGCUUAACAAGAGCAUCAACCCAGAUGAAGCUGUGGCUUAUGGAGCUGCUGUUCAAGCUGCAAACUUGGCUGGUAUGGGUGGGAAAGUUGAACAGAUUGUGCUCUCGGAUGUCACCCCUCUGUCCCUUGGAACACAAGUUAAUGAAGGUGACAUGUCCGUUGUGAUUCCGAGGAAUACCCGCAUUCCCACUAAGAUGGAGCGGAACUACACCACAUUGUAUGACAACCAAACUUAUGUUUUGUUCUCAGUUUAUGAGGGUGAAAGAGCAAAAGUUGUUUAUAACAACUGGCUGGGAGAAUUUAAUCUUUCCCCUAUUCCUGCAGCACCCAGGGGUACCGUUUCGAUGAAAGCAUGCUUUGAGGUUGAUGCCAAUGGUAUCUUGAAUGUUUCUGCUGUGGAGCGGACCACUGGCGUCAAUUACAAGAUCACAAUUAGAAAUUACAGGGCUGCGCUAUCCACAGGAAAAAUUCAAAGGAUGCUCAAGGACGCAAAGAAAUAUAAAGUUGAAGAUGAUGAGCACAGGAAGAAGAUUAGGACUAAGGAAGCUUUGGAUAACUUAGCCUACAAAAUGGGGAGCCUUGCCAUUGAUAAGAAGACUGGUAACAAGCUUGACACUGUUGGUAAGAAGAAGAGAAGCUGAUUGGACUUGAGUUAAUCUGCAAACCUAUCAUUGCAAAGAUGUCUGGAAAAAUAUAAGCAGUUGAGAUAUAUCAUAUAUGUAUUUUCAUGCUUUCCAAUAAACUUGUAAAGUCCUGGCUAGGAAGAACAACUUUAUAUGGAUCAGUGACGGCUAAACCUAGCCUUGUAAAUUGUAGCCUCUCUUACUCUGUUUAAGAGAACUAAGAAUAAGAAAGCAUGCUUAAAUAUUA